ACAAAGCUCUCUGCACCACUCUGCCUCCUUUUUGUCUUCCUCUGUCUUAAAAUUGCCUUCUCAUCCUCUAUACAUGCUUCUUCCUUCUCAACAACGCAUCUCUGCUCUCAUGAGGAGGCUCUUGCUUUGCUGCAAUUCAAGACAUCCUUCUCCAUCAAUUACACUGUUCCGCCAUGUAAUUGCCCUUAAUCUCAGCUGCAGUUUCCUUUAUGGCACCUUUCCUUCCAACAGCACUCUUUUCUUCCUCCAAAACCUGCAGAGCCUCAAUCUUGCCUUGAAUGAUUUUAGGGAUUCCAAGAUUCCAUCGGAAAUCAGUCUGUUUACUAGACUAAAGCAUCUUGAUGUCUCUUCUUCUGGAUUUUCGGGCCAAGUUCCGAGAGAAAUUGCUCACCUCCCCAAGUUAGUUUCUCUCAAUCUCUCCAAUUCUGACUUGAUCCUUGAAACAACGACCUUGAGAAAUCUUGUUCAAAACUUGAGUGAGGUGAGAGAACUUGUGCUUAGUGGAGUGAACAUGACAUCUGUUAAUCCUCGUUUCUUCAUGAAUCUCUCUUCUUCAUUGAAUACUCUUGAUCUUUUCGAGUGUGUGUUAAGAGGAGACUUUCCAAACAGUAUUUUCCGCUUUCCAAAUCUCAAGAAUUUUUAUUUAAGUGGAAACCGAAAUCUCACAAUUGAUUUUCCAAGUUCCAAUUGGAGCAGUCCUCUCCAACGGUUGUACUUAGGUGAUAUGGAUUGCGGAAGGCGAUUGCCAGAGUCCAUAGGAGAUCUAAAGUCAUUACAGUCUCUGAGUCUUAGCUGCAACUUGGAAGGUUCCAUUCCAGCUUCCAUUGGGAACUUGUCUCAACUAACUGACCUAAGACUCGAUAAUCAGUUUUCUGGUCCCAUUCCAGCUUCCAUAGACAAUAAUCUGUCCUUGAGAAUGAAUGUCAAUGCCAACUUCACAUUACCCAAACUAACUGAUGUUUCCUUUUCUUCUUGUAACUUGAGUGAAUUCCCGAAUUUCAUUAGAGAUUCAAUUGAUCUGCAAAGCCUAGUGCUAUCCAAAAAUAGCAUUCAUGGAAAUAUUCCCGAAUGGAUAUGUGAAAAGGAUGAUCUUGAAAUUCUUGACCUUUCUCAUAACAAUUUAAUCGGGAAGAUUCCAAAUUCUCUUCCUAAGUUUCUCUCAGUGUUGAAUUUGCAGGCCAAUUACUUUGAUGGAAAUAUACCAUUUGGGUUUCCAGAGGACUGUGGAUUACAAAAUCUCAACUUACAUGGAAAUCAAAUGGAUGGGCUAUUACCAAGGUCUUUGGUGAAUUGUAGCAUGUUAGAGGUUCUAGACAUUGGCAACAACAACAUAGAGGACACAUUCCCUCAUUGGUUGGAAUCUCUACCAGACCUUCAAGUGCUUGUCUUAAGGUCCAACAAGUUUCACGGUUCUGUGCAGAGCACCAAAGAAAGUCCAUCUUUUCCCAAGUUACGAGUUCUGGACCUCUUCAGCAAUGAUUUUCGUGGCCCUUUGCCUGUUCAGUACAUUGAAAAUUUUAAAGCGAUGAUGGACCCUCAUGGAGAGGAUGGUUCCCCUAAAUACAUGAAGAUGUCGACGGGAGCCAAUUCUUAUCAAUAUUCACUGGUUGUGACAUGGAAGGGAUUCGACUAUGAGCUGCAGGGGAUUUUGACCGUAUUCAGUAGUAUUCAUCUCUCAAAUAACAAGUUUGAGGGAGAAAUUCCAGAUGUUGCUAUUUUGCUUCUUACUGAGAUCACUCCAAAAAGUAUAGCUGUUCACAAUCCCACAGAGGUGGCUAGAUUUGUGGACACUUAAUAUUUAGAGUUGAUGAAAGCUCGGGGAAAAUAAAUAUAAUUUUGAUUUAUUUUAGUAGUUGUAUGGUUUUUGACUAUUGUUUUUGCUUAAUGGUAAUCAUUUCUAAGGUAAUUGCACAUUUUACCCUCUGCAUCUCAAAUAAAUUCCUUAUAAUUAU